AUGUUCAUGCAACACCUCACAAAGGAGGGUUAUGAGUACAAAGACGAUCUGCCGGCUCAUCUUCAGGAGGAAUGGAAACGCUACAGGGAGGAGCUAAAGGUUCUGAACACCAUAAAAGUACCACGUCACGUAUACUCAGGAAAAACACCUGUGACGGCAGAAAUCCACACAUUUGUUGAUGCCUCGGAGAAAGCAUAUGGAGCUGCUGUAUACAUCCGAGCAACAUAUAAGGACAAGCGAAGAACGAUCCAGUUAUUAUGUGCAAAAUCUCACUUAGCACCAAUAAAUACAAUAACGCUACCGCGUCUGGAGCUUAAGGCUGCUGUAUUAGGAGCACAGUUGACUUCCAAAAUAAAGGAAGACUUGGGCAUGAAAAAUGCAUCCACAUAUUACUGGUCUGAUUCACGGAUUGUACUGUCAUGGAUUAAUUGCUCAUCAUCCAUUCGAGACAAAUUCGUUGCCACUAGAGUUGCUACAAUACAUGAGCUAUCCAUACCAAAACAGUGGAGACAUGUUGCAUCAGAACACAAUGCAGCAGAUGUCCUCUCCAGAGGAAUGAUGGCUUCAAAAUUCGCUGAACGUGCCAUGUGGUUCUACGGCCCUAUGUUCCUACAUGGUUCAUCAUCCACAUGGCCGGCUCCUUUUAUUGCUACCAACGAGGAAUUAAUAAUUUUGAAUCCGCCAAAGGAUAGUCAAUCAUCCGUGAUGUCUAUCACAAAAGAGGAGGACAUAAUAUACACAAUACAACAUAAUAAUUCAUUUAAGCUUGUUAAUAGAGUAAUAGCUUACAUGAUGCGCUUCCGACGUAAGAAGAAAUACAUAAGCCACAUCAUUGAGUUUGAAGAAAUAAUGGAAGCCCGAAAAAUUGUUUUCCGCAACAUUCAAAAUAUCGACUUCAAAGAUGACGUCAAACAUCUCAAGAGGCAAAGGGAGACAUUAAAAGGCAGUCCAAUCAACUCACUAUCACCAUUCUUAGAUCAGAAUGGAAUUUUGCGUGUAGGAGGUCGACUAGAGGCGGCAAAUAUAUCAUUAGACUCCAAACAUCCGAUACUUCUGCCAUACAACGACCCUGUUGUGAAGAUGAUUCUUGUGCAAAUACACAAGGACAACAUGCAUUGCAGGCUCUAUUAA